AUUGACUUGAAAAAGAAUCACGAUCUAAUUAGGGUUUGCUCCUUCAUUCAUCCUCUCACGAUUGGAUUUAAUCUGUGGAAAUAGUUGUUGAAUCAAUGAUGGCAAGGAAGCAAAAGAUUGCAAUUUUCACUACUGCAAGUCUCCCAUGGAUGACUGGAACGGCGGUGAACCCUUUGUUUCGUGCUGCUUAUCUUGCAAAAGAUGGGGCCAGGGAUGUUGUGUUGGUGAUUCCUUGGCUUUCUGAGAAGGAUCAAGAACUCGUUUAUCCGAAUAAAAUCGUGUUCACUUCACCAUCUCAACAGGAAAACUUUGUUCGUCAAUGGCUUGAAGAGAGGAUUAAUUUUGCAUCCAACUUCAGCAUAAGAUUCUAUCCUGGAAAGUUUGCCAUAGAUAAAAGGAGCAUUUUACCGGUUGGAGAUAUUACAGAAAUCAUUCCCGUUGAAGAGGCUGAAAUUGCUGUCCUUGAGGAGCCUGAACAUCUUACAUGGUACCAUCAUGGUCAAAGGUGGAAAACUAAAUUCCAGAGGGUGAUAGGUGUUGUUCACACGAACUAUCUCGAGUAUGUGAGAAGAGAGAAAAAUGGAGUUGUUCAGGCAUUUCUCUUGAAGCAUGUUAAUAACUGGGUUAUCUACAUCACCUGCCACAAGGUUAUACGACUAUCAGGUGCUACUCAAGAUCUUCAUAGGUCCAUCAUUUGCAAUGUUCAUGGUGUCAAUCCAAAAUUUCUUGAGGUUGGACUGGUAAAGAGAGAUCAGCAACAGAGACAUGAACCAGCCUUCACGAAGGGUGCUUACUAUAUCGGCAAGAUGGUUUGGAGCAAAGGCUACAAAGAGUUACUCCAACUGCUUUCUAAGAACCAAAAUGAACUUUCAGGCCUCGAAGUGGAUUUAUAUGGAAAUGGUGAGGAUUCAGAUGAAGUUCGCCAAUCUGCAAGCAAGCUGAAGCUGGCUGUGAGAGUUCAUGCUGGCCGUGAUCAUGCCGACCCGUUAUUUCAUGACUACAAGGUGUUCAUAAAUCCUAGCACAACCGAUGUGGUUUGCACAACCACAGCUGAAGCACUGGCAAUGGGCAAAAUUGUGAUAUGCGCCAACCACCCAUCAAAUGACUUCUUCAAGCGUUUUCCAAACUGCCACAUGUAUAACAACAGCAAGGAAUUUGUUGAACUUACACAAAGAGCACUGACUGAAGAGCCUGUUUCACUAACAGAUGAGCAGAGGCAUCAGUUGUCAUGGGAGUCAGCCACUGAAAGGUUUGUACAGGCCGCUGAAUUAGACCUGUUCAUGCCCGAGAAAACUCUCCCGUCGCCCAGUCCCUUCAUGUCACUCUCUUAUACUGAUUUAAGCAAGACUGUUGAAGAUACUUCAGCAUUUCUUCAUAAUACCAUUUCAGGAAUUGAGGUGGCACGGCGUGCCUUCGGUGCAAUCCCAAAAAGUCUGCAACCUGAUGAACAAAUGUGCAAGGAGCUUGGUUUAGCAGGAAAAAUAUAAAAAUUCACAGUUUCUUGGCAGUUGAUACAACUUAUUUUUGCUAGCCACUUGUAAAAACACACUCAUUUACUUAGGACCAUUUUCCCAAAAUCAUAGGAAACAUUUAGCUUUGUUUUACUUUUGCUGCUGUCAAUGUACCUCCUUGUGUUCAACUGUGAACUUUUGCUGUUUCUUCUUGAGAUUUGUCUGAGAAGAAUGAUCAAACUUAUGUUUUGAAUGUUUCCA